UUUAAACCUGUUAGAUCUACGAGAGAACAAUUUCAGUGGUGCGAUUCCAAAAUGGUUGGGCAGUACUUUUGAUAUAACCAUUUUACUUCUGAAAGGAAAUCAUCUUCAAGGCACCAUACCUCCACUGUUAUAUCAUGCAAGGUACUUAAGAAUGCUGGAUAUUUCUCACAAUAAUCUUUCUUGCAAGGUACUUAAGAAUGAUGGAUAUUUCUCACAAUAAUCUUUCUGGACCUAUUCCUCAUUGCUUGGGAAACAUAAAGCAACAACAAGAAGGGAGCCGUUUCUCUAACAGAUGCAUAUGUAACUAAGGUGUUUGGAGGAGAUGCCGUGAUAGGCAUAGAAUCUUCAAUCAAAAGAUCCUUGGAGAAUAUGCUUGUAGAUACCUAUGCAUCGGUUGGAGCAGAGUUUACCACCAAAUACAAUACCUAUUCGUAUGAAGGUCGCAUGGUUGAUUAUAUGUGCGGAAUUGAUCUUUCUUACAACCAGUUAAGUGGUGAAAUACCCAAGGAACUCAGUAAUCUUACCGAGAUUCAUGCAUUAAACUUGUCACAUAACCACCUUACUGGAGCAAUACCAUCAGAAUUCUCAAAUCUCCAGAAUAUCGAGAGUUUGGACCUGUCAUACAACAACUUGACUGGGAGUAUUCCCACUCAACUUCUAAAGUUGACAACUCUAGCAGUUUUUACCGUGGCACAUAAUAAUCUAACAGGAAGGACUCCACAGCGUUCUGCGCAGUUUGCAACUUUUAGUGAAAGCAGUUAUGAGGGAAAUCCUUUUCUUUGUGGUCUUCCAUUGAAUAUCAGUUGCACGGAGUCUAAAGAGAUUCCAAUAUACCCUCCAGCACCAAAUUGCUGCGAAGAUGAUGUGUCUUUCUUAGAUGUGGAGGCGUUCUAUAUUUCCUUUCUUGUGGCAUAUGCAAAUGUGGCGGUUGCAGUGGUUCUGGUCCUCUGGGUAAACCCUUACUGGAGAAAUGUUUGGUUUCAUUUUGUCGAGUCUUUCAUGUAUUCAUGUUAUGAUUAUUUUGCUCUCAAAUGUAGGCCUAACUUAUUAAGGUCACUUUAA